GCUCUCCGCAGCCGCCUUUGACCUCUGACCUAUUGCCCGCCCUUCGGCCGGGUCGCGACGCCGCGGAACCCGGCGCCAGCGUCCCGGAGGCGGAGCGGCCGCCAUGGCCAAGUACCUGGCCCAGAUCAUUGUGAUGGGGGUGCAGGUGGUGGGCAGAGCCUUUGCCCGGGCCCUGCGGCAGGAGUUUGCAGCCAGCCGGGCAGCAGCUGACGCCCGGGGACGUGCCGGCCACCAGUCUGCAGCCGCAUCCAGCCUUUCUGGCCUCAGCCUUCAGGAGGCGCAGCAGAUCCUCAACAUCUCCAAGCUGAGCCCUGAGGAGAUCCAGAAGGCAGAGGCAGAGACAGGAGCAGUUGGUGACAGCCAGACCCACAGCCCCCCACAUCACAGAGUGUGGGGUGGAGGGUGGGGGCCUUCAGCUUCCCCUUGUCGUCGUCCUUCAGCUUUGCCUGCUGUCCUGGUAGUCCGGAGACUGCACACCUCUCACCCGCCUCCUUUCCUCUGCAGAACUUUGAGCAUUUAUUUAAGGUGAACGAUAAAUCUGUGGGUGGCUCCUUCUACCUGCAGUCGAAGGUAAGUUGAUUCUGGGGGGCGGGUACACCAUGGACCUCUGCUCUUUACUUGGGGGUCCCUCAGUUCCAGGCAGGUAGAAAGGUGUGCCAGGCCUUUCCCUGAUCCCCCAGCCUCAGUGACAGCUCCCUCAGCCAAACCUGCUGGGCCCAGCAGCUGGGCCCUGUCUGACCAUGACCUUGGAUGGCGGCUCUUCCAGCGGCCAGGACCGUCAGCUGGGGGUGUACUAGAGCCAGCUCUGGGCUCCUGGAAGUCAAAAAGCAGGCAGUGUGUGCCCCAGCUCCUGGCAGCCCUGUACUCUUGUCUUCCCGUGGAAGAGAUGCUGGCCCCGGGCCCCCUCCCACCCCAGGAGCCGAUAAAGGAGUCGUCUGUAUUCUGCUGUCGCCUCGAGCAGAGACCUGCACGCAGGCCCCUGUGGGGUGCAGUCUGGCAGCCCGGCCUCAUUGCUUAUAACCCCCUCCCCCAGGUGGUCCGAGCGAAGGAGCGCCUCGACCAGGAACUCAGCAUCCAGGCCCAGGAGGACAGAGAGAAGGGACAGAGGCCCAAAACGUGACCACUUGACUCAUCUCUGCCAGCCCCGCCCCUGCCACCUCUUAAUUUAUAGUUUGGGAAUAAAUGACUUUUCCGCAUCUCUCGCGUGUACACAUCCGGAUUCCAAAAGGCAGGCUGCUCGUCCUGCCAGCUGUGGGCUGUGCGCGCACAGGGAGAAGCCGCCGAGUGCGCCUCCAGCAGCCCAGCGGGGUGUCCCGCCAGGCUUCAGCCUCCAGGGCAUGGCCCUCGGGUUGGCCCCUGCCCUUCCCAUGGCCUGCCUCUCCCUUGGCAAGUUUGAAUCCAGUAUCUCUGUGCUCUGUGGGUGGAACACGGGGUGCCCUUAGCGGAGGAGUAGCCCUCACCAGCCUCUCGGAUGGCCUGCGGGCCCGGGGAGUCAGCCCCACGGCUGAGCCCAGGACGUGGACGUGGCGGUGCUUAGCUGGGGUCUGGGCACUUGGCGGCAGGGUCAGUAAGAAAGCCCAGAACAGGGUUUCUGGGGUCUGUGGGAUGGGUGGGCCCCACCAGGGCAGAGGG